AAGUGACAGUCGGGUUUUUUCCCUUCACCUGCUCGGGGUGAAAUCGUCAACCGCCAGCUGUCAUGGACCAGGCCCUACUCCCACACGACUACAUCAGUCCUGAGAUUUUGCGCAAUGCUCUCUACGGAAAGUGGUGCAAUGUGCUGGGCCAGGGGCUGACUCGGGACAGCAAGACCGCUGCGGCUGAACUUCUGGAACGGAAAAAGGGUAUGCCCAUGCCACCCCAGGUCUCCCUCUGCCCGUCGUCGCUGCCUGGCUCAGCCAUCGGCGUGUUCUCCACGGACUGGAUCAAGGAGGGCACGGAGAUGGGCCCCUACACGGGACGGAUAGUGCGCCCUCACGAGGUGGCAACCGACAGGGAUAAUCAGUUCAUGUGGGAGGUGUUUGAUGACCAGGGUCGGGUCAGUCACUUCGUAGAUGCCUCGGACGAGACCCUCCAGACCUGGAUGUGUUACGUCAAUUGCGCCCGCAACGACCAGGAACAGAAUCUUGAAGUCUUCCAGACCGGCUCUGAUAUCUACUAUCGAGCCGUUAAGACGAUCCCACCCGAUCAAGAGCUCUUCGUGUACUACGGUGCGGCCUACGAUCUCUUUAUGAACAGCAUUCCCAUCGGCCUUACGUCUCCGGAACACAAGGGCAGCAACAGUAGCGUCAAGAUCGCUGGCUCCGACGACCUGGCCAGCACCGAGCACCCGUCCAACUCUGCCGGCCGCCUGCAUUGCGUGGUGUGUCGUCGGGGUUUCAACUCCCGCAGCAACCUGCGCUCGCACAUGCGCAUUCACACCCUGGACAAGCCCUUCGUCUGCAAGUUUUGCCACCGACGUUUCAGCCAGUCAUCCACGCUGCGAAACCACGUGCGUCUCCACACAGGCGAGAAGCCCUACAGAUGCAACGUGUGCCACAGCGCCUACUCACAGCUGGCCGGCCUCCGUGCUCACCAAAAGAGCGCCCGCCACCGCCCGCCAGCGGGCGCUGUCCCGCCCGUCGGUCAGCAGACCCAGCAGCCGCUCACGUUCCAUCACCCGGACCACACCGCCUCCAAGAUCCCGCAGAACUAACAACCAUUCAUCGACAAUGAAAUCUCGCGAGAAUUUGAUGAGCAUUGGCAAAUAAAUGAGAACCAAUCAUUUUUUUUAAGAAUGGGAGGAAAGUCUGGAGGGUAAUAAUAAUGGGUCCUUUGCACGAGAAAGCCAUGUUCGACCGAAUUCUCAGAUUCUAUUUUAUAAAUUGCAAACACUGGAAUGGGCUGGUGCCAGACUAUUUUAUGCUUGAUUUGCUUGCCAGGCCCCACUUUCAAUUUUUUUGAAGUGUGGCUUCAAACAUGAGGGUACUUUUGUUUCCUCACAAAUUUCAAAUUAUUCAUCAGAGCAGACUGGUAUUAAAAAUUGUUUCAUUGCUUUCAUUUCUGCUCGAAAGUUCCAAAAAAGAAGAGUUUACCUCGCUUUGAAUUUAAUAUGGCCGACUCGUGCCCAAACACAUGAUUAUUUCUUUUGCACAUAAACUUCUGAUCGUAAAGUUGCUACAGGUAAAAUUUUCUUCAAAGACGCUCAAUGAAAAAUGGGCCAUGACAAAGGUUCUCAUUAAUGCGUGACAUAUUAAUGGGCAAAAACAUACAUUGGAUUACCACUUAGUGGGUGAAACAUCAAGCGCAAUGUAUGCUUUUUUUGUGAAUAGUAUUGACUCUUACCCGUGUCAUCAUUCAUUUGGCAAUUUUUAAACUUUAUUUUCCAAUUUUAUUUUUAUAUAAAUUUUUGUAAUUGUCCGCUUUUAAUCUAAUUUCUGUCUUUUUGUUUAAUUUGCCCAUUUAUUUCAUCUGAGAGAUUUUGUGGCUGGACUUCCAUACCUUAUCUUUUAGUUAACCAAUUUCUUUCCGCCAGAAUAAUAAUUUGUAUGGGUGGAGGAGUUCUACGCCAUUUGUAAAUAUAUUUAAUUAAUUUAUUUAUUCAAAAGCCGAACCAUGCGCAACUUACUGAGCCUCAAAAUGCGCGCGUAGAUCGUGAGUUUAUGCCAUUAUUUGUUGAAAUUAUUCUUGUUGCUUUUAUGAUUAUAAUCGCUUUGAGUUCGUCUUGUUAAAAUAUUAUUUUUACCUAUUUAUUUAAUUAAUAUUUAUAUGUAUUGAUGUGAUUGUUGAACAUUCCAUCUGCUAAAGUCAGACCAUUUUAUUCCGAUAUUCCCAAUAAUGCACAGUGUGCGAUUAUUUCACUUUACCACGAAUUGCGUGAGACAAUCCAGGAAUGAUGUUGUAUUUAUUUAUUUAUUUAAUUAUUUGUUUAUUAAUUUGUUCCGGUGUGCUUUAUUUAUAAAAUAAGCUUGGGAGCAUACAAUAGUGUAGAGUGACCAAUUUAUAAGUUAUUAAAAACGAGAAAAUAAAAAUAAAAUCAGCAUUAAACGUAUCAGGUGAAGACUUCCA